AUGCUAGGUAAACUGCGUGUAAAGCUUUGCUGUGGUUGCAAAGGAGAAACAAGUGAUGAUACCGAAGAAAACUUCCGCCCUGCCGAUUUGUCCCAAAAGGGCAAGGAUAGGGUUGCGUCCGUAGGUGGUCAUUCUCGUGAGGCCGCCAAGAAAACUCAAAACGCCGACCAACAAGACGAAGCCAAAAGCCUGGGAGAGUCUGAGAAUGAUGGGGUCGGCGCCGAUGUGUCUCCCAUUAGCAGGCAACAUUCAAAGAGAAGCAGUUUAGAAAAGGACAGAAAAUUAGAUGACCUAAAAGUUGGACCAAGGUUUUUGGAUGAACAGGAGAAUGACCACAAACAAGUCGAAGCUGAGAUCCCUAAAUGCCCCAUGUCUGAGACGACGCCUGCAGGUGACGACGCGGCAGAUAGAAGCGAUAGAUCCGGUAAUGCAGACCUUUGGCAGAGAGCCUUUGACCAACUGAAUGAGGACUUAAAGAGACAGCUGCGUGAAGAUGAAGCUAAGUCCCCGGAAAAUGCCAUCAAAGAGGUCAUCGAUAGCACGAAAGAAAGCUUUAAAGCAUAUCAAAAUGGUGGACUGAAGUUCAAGAAGUACAACGGAGAAGAAGUCAAUGUUCGCGAGGUAGCCAAAAGGAUUCUCGAUUCGGCCAUUCACUGUUCAGAGAUUAUCAAAGGGAUAGCAGCCUUUGACCCUACCAACCAUGCUUCAAGCGUGUGGACAAUCGUCUCGCUUGGAUUGACGAUGACAAAGAACUCUGUGGAUCAAAGAGAAGCUGCUUUCAAAUCAUCUGAAUUCCUUGCUGAUAUCCUGGCCCGAUACCUUAUACUCGAUGAGCAUUGUCGCAACAAGGAGCUAGCAAGCUCUGAUGGGCUUGAUAAUGCUAUUGUGCAAGUAUACAAAGCAGUUCUUGAGUACACAGCAGAGGUGAAAAAGCGACAGAAAGCAAGCGUUUUGAAUCGUAUAGGGAACAGUAUCUUUCCAGUUUCCGACACAGAAUUGAACCUUCUCCAGUCUGCCGUGAAGGAUCAGGACAAGAAAGCCGGCGAUUGGCGCGAAAUCAAUAAUAUUAUCUAUCAAAGUAAGAAGGGGGACGAAAUACUCGCCAGUAUUGAAAAGGUCUAUCAAAAUACUGAGACAAUCAAGGCCAAAGUCAAUUUGGACGAACGAGAUAGAGUCCUUAAGUGGUUGUCUGACAUACAGUAUUCCCAUACUCAGAAUGAUCACCAAAGGGUUAGAACACACAAAACUGGUGAUUGGCUUUUGAGUUCAGAUGAAUAUAGAGAAUGGAAGGCUACACCAGGCAAAUUUCUGUGGCUAUAUGGACCUGCUGGCUGUGGAAAAUCAAUUCUUUGCUCUACCAUCAUUCAAGAUAUUGCAGAAGAUCAUAGCAACGGGAUAUCCUACUGGUACUUUCAAUUCUCUCGGAACGAAACACAAAACGUGAAAAACAUGACUAGAAGCAUUAUUCGACAACUGGCACCUGAAGAGCUUCCAAGAUCACUUGUCAAUCUAUGGAAAGAACAUGGCCCUCAAGGCCGUGAGCCAGACCAAGACAAGUUUGCAACAGUUCUCCAUGAUGUUAUUAACAGUCAUACGGGAGAUCAUUUGUUUCUUAUAUUUGACGCCCUCGACGAAUGUCCUGAUAAUGAGGUUCAUGAGAGGGAUUUACUCUUUCAGGUUCUGAAGGGUCUCAUUGACGAGUACGGGGAAAAGCUCCAUCUUCUGGCAACAAGUCGAUUUGAAGAAAAUAUUCGCUGCCACCUAGAGGAGAGUGUGAAAAUAGACCUCGAAGACCGAAUGAAUGAUGAUGUCGAGGCUUUUGUCCGUAAUGCGCUCGAUCAUGGAAAGCUGAGCAGAUGGAAAAAAGAAAAGGGAGUCCAUGAUCAAAUUUUGGCAAAGCUAUUGGACACAAAGGAACCAAGACGUUUCCGCUGGGCUGACCUACUAAUCAAACGGCUCGAAAAAUGCAAAAAAAGGGAUCAGAUCACGGAAUCACUUGGAACGAUUCCAAAAACCCUGGAAGAAACAUACCAACAAAUCCUUCAAGACAUCCCUGAAGAUGAAAAGGAGGACGCGCGCUCAAUACUCACAUGGCUCAGUUUCUCUCUUGUACCACUCAAGCUAGAGGCAGUUGCAGCAGUGGUAGGCUUUCCAUAUCCUGAGAGUGUUGUUGAGACUUGCACUACCUAUUUGGUGACUUUUAGUCCAUCAAAUGGUACGAUUAAACUCGCCCAUUUUUCCGUGAAGGAAUUCUUGGUUGUCUCAGAUUCGAAGCAUUGGUAUCAGUUAACUACAAUUGGUGGGCAUAUGGAUAUAGCCAAUCGUGCCCUCGACGACCUGCUUGACCAAACCAAGCCUCUGACUGAAGAAUCGGCACAUGGUCUGCCGCUAUUGGAAUACGCAGCAGACUAUUGGGGCAGACAUUUCUCUGAGCUUACUGAUUCUGAUGCCAAAUCACUGGAGCUGGAGGAGAAGAUAUACCGCCUGUUUGAAGGGCACAUAGUCUUCUUGAACUGGCGGCGUGUGGCUCGGGAUGAUUUUGAGGUGAGUUCAUGGGAUACAGGCGGUUGGGUUGUUGAGCCGCCCAUCUGGUUGGCCUGUAAGAUGGGAAUGCAGAGGGUUGUUGCACGACUCCUCUCACAGGGGGCUAAUCCUUGUCCAGAACCACCUUACAUAGGACAAAAGGACAUAUUUGUAAUGACUGCUUCGCAUGGUCAUGCUGCUAUCGUAAAGCAGUUGUUGGAGAACAUCGAGAUUUCAGCGAAAGUAGCUUCGAGUAUUGUGAGGUCUAUUAAUCUCAAUAAGGCCUCGGACGAAGAAGCUGACGCCUUUCUGAACAUACUUCUGAGCGCUGAGGUCUUGUAUCACAAGCAUGCAAAUGGAUGUGUUCUUGUGAAUGAAGAUUUUGUUGCAGCCGCAGCAGGGAACUCUCAGUCAGGCCAUCGGCUCAUGCGCCUUCUUUUGGAUAGGCAAGACAAGCUAGAGGUUCCUGUUACCGCGAGAGUUCUCCUAGCAGUGAUACUGAACUCCAAAUGCGGUGAAGAAACGAUGCGAGUACUUUUGGACAGGAGACGAACAGACAUUCGAAUCACUGAACGCCUAAUGCAGGAAGUCGCUUGCAGAUGUUUUUUUAAUUCUGGUAUAUCAACUCUGGUUCUUCAUCUGGGCACGAUGGCUCCUGUGAAUCAAUGGUUCGUCUCUAAUUUCGUGACAUAUGCACCAGUGGAGGUACUAGAAUUGCUUUUACAGAUCGAUGGUGAUAAAGUUCAAAUCACAGAGGAGUUAUUAGUAGAAGCAGCAACUCGUCGGUGCCAUGAUACAGUUUUUCCCUGGCUAUGGAAAAGAGUGCCUGGUAUUAAAUUUACCUCGGAAAGUUUGCAGCGUAUCGCAUCCGGGCGCCAUGGCUUGGAGUGUAUGGAAUUAAUACUAGGGGAAUAUUCUCAAGGCUAUUUUCUGGCACAGGAAAUACUCCAACAAGUGGCAGAGUCUGAACAUGGUCUUCCCCUGAUGCGAAUGCUUUUGGACAGACGAGAGGCAGGAAUAGUUGGUUUUGAUGUUUCAGAAGCAACAAUGAUGGCAGCUGCUAAUAAUCGGAACUGCCCACAACAGAUGAUGGAACUGGUCAUCAACGCGAAUCCGGAAAUUUUAAUCAACGAGAAGAUUGUACGCUCAGCAGUAAUGUGGGGAGGGGCAUCUGCCUUGGAGUAUUUGCUUGAACUUGAUAAAAAUCUGCAGAUCACAGAGGACUUAUUGGUAUUAGCAGCAGGCGCUUAUGAACACGACAACAGGUUACUGGAAUUAAUUUUCAACAAAUUUCCAGAUGCUCCAGUGACAGACCGUGUCUUUGAGGAAGCUAGGGAGUACGGGUACCUUGCGGAGGUCUUGUCAGUCUGGUUGGAACGAGGUCGUCAUGUACAAGAUUGCCAAAUGAUAGGGAGGCUUCUGGAGCAAGGUGUUUUGAGCGUACAGGUCCUGAUGAAACUGGUCAAUGACGGACUAAUUGAAAUUGAUGACAAUCUGGUGGAUGCAAUAGGAAUCCAGAAUGCUCUGAUUAUGGCAUUUUACGGGCGCCAUGCGAUGGAAAAGCUGUUGAAUCUACGAGAAAAUGAUAUCAUUGUUACUGAAGAGGUUAUAUUGGAGGCUCUGGAUGAAUUCGGCAUGGAUGAUGAAGUCUACGUGGAUGAUAAAGCCUUCAAAAUGUUGACUGAUCGGUUGGGAUCCGCAGUACUCAUUACAGAGAAGAUUUUGGAAAAGGCUUUUCUGAACGGUCAAUCUAAACUCUUGGAUUUUUUGUUGCAGGAACGGGAUUGGAAUCUUCAAAAGGUUUGGGAUGCGAUUUGGCGAAACGAUGGACUCGGAAUCAAGUGUAUUGUGAGAGGUGCGGAGAAUCUUCUGAAAUAUCGAGAGUUCGAUGUUUCACAGACCCUGCUGGAGUUCCUUCCACGAAAAUGGUUCUCCAAAAAUGAGGACUUUAUUGAGUUGGCCAAUUUAUGUGCUGGACGAGACAUAUCAGCUCCUGCUAUUGAAAUGCUCUCCGUGGAAUUAUUUGAAUGUUGCAAUGGAUGGGCUGUCAUGGAACCUAUCGAUCAACUGGGUUCGACGGUACCAAUGACACAGAAGGUUUGGGAUGCGCUUUGGCGAGGACCUCGCGAUUUUGCGCAAAAAGUGAUAAUUUCAAACAUUCUUCUGCAAAAUGGAGAAUUUGAUAUUUCACAGAUUCUACUAAAGUUCCUUCCACUUAAAGAAGAGCAAGAGGGCUUUCGUGCUAAGGAACUGGAUGAGUUGGUCAAUCUGUGUAUUGGGCAAGACAUAUCAGCUCCUGCUACCAAAAUCCUCACAGAGAUACUAUUUGAACACGGUUUGGCCCAUUCCAUCAAAAGAUUCAUCCACCACAAACCCACCUUCCAACUCACGGAUGGCCUUAUUCAGCGUGCAGAAAGGAAUACACGGGCAUACAAGAAGGUUUUGAUGCCUUUCCUCUACUCCAAACGAGCUGCGGAUCAGAAUAUCAAGGCUGCUGAAACCAAGGCAGGAAAAGAAGAAGCCUAG